CCUCUGUGCGUCUGGCUCUGACAUCAUCAGCUCUGAAGUUACAGAUAUGGCAAGGCCACUCUUGGAAGAGAGUUUAGUCUUCUUGAGACGGAAAGACUAAAGCAACCGCCAUCAUGUCCCUCAGCUGGUCGUCCAAAGACCACAAAAAUACAAAUCAAGCCGCCGCGACUGGACAGAAGCGACCGCGCACUGACGCGGGGAACAAAGUGUCGGUGGUGCUCGGAGCUCAGUGGGGAGACGAGGGAAAAGGCAAAGUGGUCGAUUUAUUGGCGACCGAAGCUGACGUUGUCUGCAGGUGUCAGGGUGGCAACAAUGCAGGACACACAGUGGUAGUGGACGGCAAGGAGUACGAUUUUCACCUCCUACCCAGUGGGAUCAUUAAUUCCAAAAGCAUAUCACUUAUUGGUAAUGGAGUGGUCAUACAUCUACCUGGAUUGUUUGAAGAGGGAGAUAAAAAUGACAAGAAAGGUCUGAAAGGCUGGGAUAAGAGACUGAUUGUUUCAGACAGAGCUCACCUCGUGUUUGAUUUCCACCAGGUGGUUGAUGGCUUACAAGAGACUGAAAGACAAGCACAAGAAGGAAAGAACAUUGGAACAACUAAGAAGGGCAUUGGUCCUGCAUACUCCAGCAAAGCAUCUCGCACUGGCCUGCGUGUAUGCGACCUCCUGGGGGAUUUUAAGGAUUUCUCUACAAGAUUCAAGAACCUUGUCCACCAGUAUCAGUCCAUGUAUCCAUCCUUGACAGUUGAUGUUGAGGACCAGCUGAAAAAACUAAAGGAAUAUGCAGAGAGAUUGCGCCCAAUGGUUAGAGAUGGGGUCUAUUACAUGUACGAAGCUCUUCAUGGACCCCCGAAGAAGAUUUUAGUUGAAGGGGCCAAUGCAGCUCUGCUCGACAUUGACUUUGGAACAUAUCCUUUUGUGACGUCAUCAAACUGCACUGUAGGAGGGGUGUGCACUGGUCUCGGCAUCCCUCCACUGAAUAUUGGUGAUGUAUUUGGUGUGGCAAAGGCCUACACUACCAGAGUGGGAAUUGGAGCUUUUCCCACAGAACAACUCAAUGCAGUUGGAGAGUUGCUGCAGACAAGGGGUCAUGAGGUGGGCGUGACCACAGGAAGGAAGCGGCGUUGUGGUUGGUUGGAUCUUGUCAUUGUCAGAUAUGCUCACAUGAUCAAUGGAUUCACCGCCAUUGCCUUGACAAAACUUGAUAUUCUGGACGUGCUGGAUGACAUUAAAGUUGGAGUUGCCUACAAACUAAAUGGGAAAAGAAUCCCUCAUUUCCCAGCCAACAUGGAUGUUUUGCACAAAGUGGAAGUUGAGUAUGAGACCUUCCCUGGUUGGAAAACUGAUACAUCUGCAGCCAGGAAGUGGAGUGACCUCCCUGCUAAGGCACAAAACUACAUCCGCUUCAUUGAGAACCACAUUGGAGUUCCCAUCAAAUGGGUUGGUGUUGGAAAGUCCAGAGAGUGCAUGAUCCAGAUGUUCUAAAUCACUGAAAAAACCUUGAUGAAAGAAAAUUUGCCAUGAUGAGGCAUCUUUUCUCUUGCUAAGAUAAUAAAUAUCUGUGUAACCUUUAA